AUGUUUCGAAAUUCCUUGAGAUUAUUCAGAAAAUCCUCCAUAAUAACUUCCACUCUUUUUAACCCUACUCAAAUAAGAUCCAUAUCCUUUCUGGAUUUCGAAAAUGAUUUAAAUCCACCUCAACAAAAACCUUAUGCCCCAAAAUUCAAAAAAUCUCAUAUUGAAUUCUUAGCAAAAUAUUACCCUAAAAAUAUUCUAGAAUCAAUUUUGAUUGCUGAAUCUGAAAUAGACCCAAAUGAUUGGAAACAUAAAAAACUACAAAUGGCAGGUUUUGCUCCAAACUAUCUAGAUGAUUUAGCAAACUUGGAUCCUUAUUACGACCACCCAAAUAAACCCCAUGUAGAUAUAUCAACUGCUCAACAAACUCUACCUGAACCUGACGUUCCCUACUUGGACUUAAGUCCCGAAGAACAUAAAGCAAAAAUUGUCCAAGGUGAGGGUAAUAUAUCAAAUCAAAAUAAACAAGCUAUCCUACAACUAUCUCAAUUAACUGGCUACUCAAAGGAUUAUAUAUCCCAGUUGACCUACAAAAACUUGAUAAUAAAAAGAGUCUCAAACCAAACUGCAAAGGGUAAAAUCCCUUCUUUCUAUUGUCUCGGUGUUAUUGGCGAUGGUAAUGGUAUGGUGGGUAUCGGUGAAGGUAAAGAUAAAACAACCAUAGCAAGAGCAAUGGCAAAGGCUCAGUGGAAUGCUACUAAAAAUUUGAAAUACAUCCCAAGAUACGAAAAUAGAACCAUUCUUGGUGAUAUCGAUUAUCGAUACCAUGGUGUCAAACUAUUCUUAAGAUCGGCUUCUCCUGGUUUUGGUUUAAGAGUUAAUCAUUAUAUUUUUGAAGUCUGCCAAUGCGCUGGUAUUAAAGAUUUAUCUGGCAAAGUCUACAAAAGUAGAAAUGGUAUGAAUAUCGUCAAGGGUUUCGUAGAAGCCUUAACAAAACAAAAAACUUUGGAAGAAAUCGCUUUAGCAAGAGGUAAAAAGGUCAUUGAUGUUCGUAAAUCCUAUUAUUCUAAUGAAUAUUAA